CCGCUGAACUCGCAGUGCUCCUCGGCCCUGCUCCGAGCCCGGCUCCCGCCGCUGGUUUUGCUCUGAGCGAGCUGGAUCUCAGGAACGAGGCCCAGACCGACCCCCACGUGGCUGCCUUCCUCUGUAGUUACUUUCUGUUUUCCCCACGAAGGCGAGAAGAGGCUUCGAAGCCUCCCUUGGCCUCCGAGUCCAAGGAAGACGGCGCACUCACGACUCUGGACUCCCGCUGGUGCCCUCACUUCCUCCCUGGGAUGGGCCGAGCAGGUGGCUUCAGCUCAGGCCUGGCCCUGCUCCAGGUGCAGGAAGGAGGGUAAAGACGGCCGUGAGGUGGGCUCACCUGCACCUGUCGCAUGGGCCUUCCCGACGCCUCCGACGCCUCCGAGAAUGAGCGGUGAUGUCCUCUAGCCGCCCCUAGCAGCAUCUCGGUUCUCCCUCGCCACAGCAGCUGACCAGGACUGGGACUUUCUCCACAACAAGCGGACGCACCGGCAGUCAGUGAUGACUGUCCAGAAACUGGUGGCCACGGCUGUGCUGGUGGCCCUCGUCUCUCUCAUCCUUAACAACGCGGCGGCCUUCACCCCCAACUGGGUGUACCAGACGCUGGAGGAUGGGCGCAAGCGGAGCGUGGGGCUGUGGAAGUCCUGCUGGCUGGCAGACAGGGCCCGGGCAGGGCCGAGCCCUGGGGCCAGACCGGGGCAGGCAGACGCGCGGGAUUGUGAGGCCCUGGGCUGGGGCUCCGAGGCAGCAGGCUUCCAAGAGACACGAGGCACCGUCAAACUGCAGUUUGACAUGAUGCGUGCCUGCAACCUCGUCGCCACGGCGGCGCUCGCCGCGGGCCAGCUCACCUUCGUCCUGGGGCUGACGGGCCUGCCCCUGAUGUCGCCAGAUUCCCAGUGCUGGGAGGAGGCCAUGGCCGCUGCGUUCCAGCUGGCGAGUUUUGUCCUGGUCAUUGGGCUGGUGACGUUCUACAGAAUCGGCCCGUAUACCAACCUGUCCUGGUCUUGCUACCUGAACAUUGGCGCCUGCCUUCUGGCCACUCUGGCAGCCGCCAUGCUCAUCUGGAACAUUCUUCACAGGAGAGAGGACUGCAUGGCUCCCCGGGUGAUUGUCAUCAGCCGCUCCCUGACUGCACGGUUUCGCCGUGGGCUGGACAAUGACUAUGUGGAGUCACCAUGCUAAAGGUCCCCAGAAAGAGGCUUGCUCAGGAGUUUAUCCACCAUAACGCAACAGUCUAGAAACCAAAGGACCGCCUGUGCAGAGGCGGGCGAUUCGUAUGGUUUCCUAUAUAUAAAUAUGUACGAUACACAGGUAUGUUUACUAUGUUAUAUAUAAAUAUAUUAUAUGAUCAUAUUAUCGUCCGUGCCACUCUCCUUCUGACAUACCCACAACUCGGCUUCACACCCUCGUACGUCCAAGGACAAGACCAGCACCUGAGACGCACGUAAGGAGGCGGGGGCCACCUUGCUCUGCACCUUGGUCUGGGAUUAAUUUAUUCUGCAUCUGCUGAGAGGGGCAUCCUCAGUCAUAUUUACUUUGGUAAAGCAGAGGACCUGGGAAGAUUUUCUUGAACUGUCCGUGAUCUUCCUGGACUGAGUUUAUAGCCAGACGGUUAUAGCUUUGUGACAGGGUUGUGUUAGUAAUGUCCGUUUGCUCCUGAUUAUUUUUCUAAGUUAAAAUAAAAUGCAAACCUCUUA